CCGUAGGAAGAAGCGUCAAGUUCGUCGGAGAAAGAAGCGCCGACUUCGCCGGAGGUAGAAGAUCAUCCGCCGAGCACUCCAAUGUCGCCUGCUACGGCUACACCAGAGGAAAUAGAUGACAUUGCUGAACUGAACAUUGUAGAUGAUUUGGAUAACCGACCUUCCAAAAAAACAGAGUGGGGCAGACAAUUGGAAAUUGAAAUCAUAGAUGAUGAGGAAGCUCUCAACCCAGAUCCAUAUGAUUUCGUCUACAGCAACAUACCAACAAGCUCAAACAUGCUCGAAAAAGAAGAAGAUUGCAGAUUCUGCCAUGCAACCAAAUUCAAGUAUGAAACUAAGGGAUUAUGCUGCAAAAAAGGACAGAUAAGACUAGCCAAUACAGUUACUCCACCUGAACUCAUGAGACUUUGGACAAGCAAUGACUCUGAUGCAAGACAUUUUCGGCAAAAUAUAAGAUUUUUCAAUGGGCACUUCUCAUUUACUACUCUUUACUGCCAGCUUGACAAAGACACGACUGACAUGCGAACGGCCGGUAUUUACACCUUUCGAGCACAUGGUCAAAUAUAUCACAACAUACAAUCAUUUGGUGACAGUGACUCAGAACCAAAGCAUCUCCAACUAUACUUCUACGACGAUGAUCCAAGCUUAGAACAUCGAUACCGCUAUUGUCGUGACGAAAUAUACGAACAAGACAAGCAUGUGAUUGGAAUAAUAACAGAUAUCCUACGCGGUAACCCAUACUCUCAACAGUUUAGGAGUUUGGGACAAGCCGAAAACCUUGAGGACUACAGACUCAUCUUGAACCUUGACCAGAGAUUGGACCAAAGAAGAUACAAUGAGCCAAUCAAUUCGGAGGUAGCUGCAGUAUGGAUUGAAGGAAAUGAAAGAAGAGAUACUUAUGACAGAAAUAUAAUAUUACAUGGGAACAACAACGAAAAAGAGCUCAUUCGAUCAUAUUACGGGUGCUAUGACCCACUAUCGUAUCCUCUAUUCUUUCCAAGAGCUGAACUGGGAUGGCAUAGAAAAAUUCCAAAGAGGGAAACACGAGAGGAAGAUAUUGGUGCUGAAAAUAUCACUAAUGACGAUGACCCGGAUUCAUCCAAUGGCCUAUGGGUAACCAUGAGAGAAUACUAUUGCUAUAAAUUUCAUACACGACCAAGCAUAUUCAACCCAAUUUUACACGGCGGACGGCUUUUUCAACAGUUUGCUGUAGACACAUACAUCAAAAUUGAAAGCUCCAGACUUGAUUACAUGUGGCAUAAUCAAAACAAAAUAAGAGCUGAUCUAUACCAAGGCCUUCUAGACUGCAUACAAGCCGGAGAACAAAAUGGAGAUGCAGUAGGAAAACAGAGAGUUCUUGCCUCAUAAUUUAUUGGAGGGCCACGAGAUAGACUUCGUCGGUAUCUAGAUGCUAUGGCAUUGGUUAGAAAAUAUGGAAAGCCGGACGUAUUCCUAACAAUGACAUGCAACCCCAACUGGGAGGAGAUCACAAGAGAACUAGAAACUGGACAAACACCACAAGAUCGACCAGACAUAGUUGUUCGUGUUUUUAGGGCGAAAUUACAAGAAAUGAAAAAGAAACUAUUUGAAAAGUCAAUUCUUGGAAAAGUUCAGGCAUAUACAUAUGUAGUAGAGUUCCAAAAGAGGGGAUUACCCCAUGCUCACUUUUUGCUCAUCAUGACUGGAAAAUACAAGUAUACAUGUCCAGAGCAGUAUGAC